CCAACAAACACCGCGGGAAGGAACGAGUCCCUCAUCGUUCCGAAUCCGAGCGAAUCCACUCUAGUAGUGCAUAAUAUACCGUCCUCGAGCAGCAGCUAGCUGGUGACACCACCACCACACACCCGUACAGCGAGAGUUUCCGGCCGACAAACCCCGAGAACAAUCGCAUCCGAACCGAACCGAACCAUUGCAACAAUCGGAUCCUGGCACUAGCGUUUGGUUGUGGACCGACGACCCUCCUUCCUUCUGUCGCACCGUGCUUAGAAUGAUUCUCCUUCGAACGGCCGCCCCGAGAUGGGUCCGCUCGCUCGGGAACCCACGCCUUGGUUCCUUUGGAAGCACCGCUUUCCUUCGCAACAGCAGCAGCAGCAGCGGUUCGGGCCUCGCCCGCGAGCUCGGCGAUCCCUCCAAGACGGUCCGCCAGGCCGCCAUCCUUGCCUCCCUCGCGGGCCUCCGCGACAACGGGAAGCUCUCGGAGGCGACCGAGGUUUCCACCAACCCGUACGAGCUGGACCGGCACGGAAGGGGGGAAUCGCACCACCGCGGAUACACGCUGAACGGCACUGCGAACGACACUGCGAACGACACUGCGAACGAGACCAACGAUCCCCUCACGCCCGACGUCAUCGUCCGGCCGCAAACCGUCAAAGACGUUUCCGAGCUCCUCGGGUUCUGCAACGAGCACCGCAUCCCCGUCAUUCCGUACGGAGCGGGGACCUCCGUCGAGGGCCACGUCUGCGCCACCACCAGGGGGUCGAUCUCGCUGGACAUGGCCGGGUUUACGGAAGUGGUCCUGCCGGGGGAGCUCGACAGCGAAACCGAAACCGAGAGCAGCAGCGAGGUCUCCCUUCCGGACCCCAUCGCCCGCGUCGGCGCCGGGGUCUCGCGCAAGACGCUCAACGAGGCCCUCCGGGCCACGGGGAUGCAGUUCGUGGUGGACCCCGGGGCCGACGCCACCAUCGGGGGGAUGGUCGCCACCGGGGCCUCGGGGACGACCACGGUCCGGUACGGGACCAUGAGGGAGAACCUCCUGGGCCUGGAGUGCGUCCUCGCGGACGGGACCAUCGUCUCCCGGAUCGGGGGCAGGGUCCUCAAGUCGAGCGCGGGGUACGACCUGGUGGGCCUCAUGUGCGGAUCCGAGGUACGAAAGCAAGCAGCGCGUCGAACGCUGGGCAUGUGUUUCUGCGUUUGCGUUUGCGGUUGGGUUUGCGGUACACACGCGGCCCCGGCGUUCGAUCUAACCCCUUUCCCGGAUCUUGUUUUUUGAUUUGCUUUGCUUUCUUUCGUUUCGUUUGCCACCGAUACCGCAUCGUUUCGUUUCGUUUCGUUCCGCAUCGGAUCCUGUUGGUUCUGGGCCGCGUCACACGAAACGACUCGCAACACCGACAGGGCACCCUCGGGGUCAUUACCUCGGUGACCGUCAAGCUGCAUCCUAUUCCGGACCACGUCGUAGCCGCCGUUUGCGUCUUUGAAUCGCUGGCGGACGCGGCCAACACGGUGGCCAUGCUCAAGUUUUGCGAGGUUCCGAUGGUCCGGUGCGAAUUGCUCGACGCGACCAGCGUCGCGGCGUUCAAUGCCAGCAACAGCAACGGCAACAGCGGCAAUUCCCGGCCCAUGGAGGAGAAAGCGACCCUCUUUCUGGAAUUCCAGGCCUCGUCGGAGGAAGCCCUGAAGGAACAAAUCGCCACCACCCAAGAAAUCUGCACCGGGGACGAGUUCGGGGGAUCCGAUUUCCGGUUCACCUCCGGGGAAGAGGAGCGAAAGGCCCUGUGGGCGGCCAGGCACAACCUCUACUACGCCUCGAUCAACUACCGAAAGGGAUCGACCACCGCCUUUUUGACCGACGCCUGCGUCCCGCUCUCCGAGUUUGCCUCCGUCCUGGACGAGACCGUCCGGGACGUCGAGGAAACGGGGGUCGUCGGCCCCUGCUUCGGACACGCCGGGGACGGGAACUUCCACUGCAUCCUGCCCGUUUCCGAGGACGAACCCGACGAGUACAUGGAAAAGGUCUUUGCCGUCCACGAACGGAUCAUCCGGCGGGCCCUCGCGGCCGGGGGGACCUGCACCGGGGAGCACGGGGUGGGCUACGGAAAAAUCAAAUACCUCGGGGACCAGUACGGGGAGGGCGCCGUCCGCAUGAUGGAACGGGUCAAGGCCUCCCUGGACCCGAACAACAUUCUGAAUCCCGGCAAGGUCGUCGAGUUCCGUGCGGGACCGUCCUAGGGCGGGCCGGCAGCAGCAAUCUUGGGCGUUCUUUCGUGGUUUCCUAGGGGAACGGAACCCGAAAAGAAAACGAUGCAAGAUUCGAAACAACACGGCGUUUCUACGAUACCAUUUCAAUUACCGCAUUGGCUAGGAUACGCAUCGAUGUACGGGGGGUUUGGGGGAAAAGGUAGCACCACUUGUUUUGCCCAGAGUCACAUUUCCUUACACCGUCAAAUGUAUAAAGGAAAAAAUAAGACAUCACCAGGGAAUUCUCUACUGUUUACAGGAAUUUGGGCAUUCCAUCUCGCCAUGAACAGCUGGGUUAGCGCUCGUGCUUGACACCGAGUUUACAAGCGUGCCAAGAUAUCUGCGGUGGACUCUCCUCCAAUCGUGCAAUUGUAGGCAUCAAAGCCACCCCAGUCAAACGAGAGAAUCUCGAGUUUCGCCUCCAGGGCCGAGACGUCGUAUCCAUACUUCUCGUGGAGCAUGGUUGGAAGAUUUCGUUGGACGAUCGCCUGUCCGAGGUUGAGACCGGCAAUGUUGUCCAUCUUGUAGUGGACUCCGGCGGUUGUGCGUGCCAUGGCGGUCGCUUAAUCGACGCGGAGCGCCAGGCACCACUGUUCCGGCGUGACCUCGGCAACGACGGGCAACCAGUAACUCAGGGUCGAUCCGGACGAGUGCAUGGCGGGAAAACUAGGGUGCAUGGGAGAUCCAACUCCAUAGGCAGUAAAGGAGAGGGCAGAUUCCAGGUCCAUGGACCGGAUGAGUUCCACCAAAUCUUCGGGCACCCCGUCGGCUUCCGGCGUGAAUUCCCCGGUGUGAAUCAGCCACACCACCUCCUCGGGACGAGGCAUUCCAAUAUGCCAUUUCAUCAUAAAGCUGACGAGAGCAACAAUCUCAAACGCCCAGGCGUUGAUGCUGGACAGACGAACCUGUCUCGAAAUGAAAUCGUUGGCACUCCGAAAGGGAUUCAUGCCGGCGUUCAUUUCGAGACCCUCCGCGUAGAACUUCUCGAUUGCGGUGGCUUGGUGAAGCGCAGGGUAUUCUCCCGCCACUGCCUGGGCAAUGUCCUCGAGGGUCACCUUGUCGUCCCAGGUGGAAGGCCAAUGGUUCCUGCUGGACGGUGCAUCUCCUCGCCGGCGUGCAAUCUGGGCCUCGACAACGUCUCUCAGCUCGUCCCAAAACUCGGGAUCACCGGGAAAGAACGGUCUGGUGCGCAUGCGAUCCAUCCAGUAGGAAGGGUCGUUUUGUUCUUGGACAAGCUGAUAGUCAUCGGUAGUUACGACCGCAUCGGCCAUUGUAUCUUCUUGCAAGACGGUUGCCGUUUCCCCACUCAAGGGAUAAUCCUUCGGCAUCAACGGGAAGACCGAGGUGUGGACACCCAUGGUGUAGCCGCUGUUCGAGGCGCGAUUCUCGUCUGCAAUGGGUGGGCACUUGUUGAACCGGAGGUCGGCAAGGGUGCGGAGCUCCCUUCCCAUGGCGUCUUCGUCCGUUGGCAUUGAGCCGGCAGGCAGAGGGCUUGGAGCAGGAGCUUGGGAAACGGAGACACCGCACGCGUCGGGGCAAAGGUCCGAGAUGAGUUUGUGUUCCUCCUUUUUGCCCUUGUCCGUCUUUCCUUUCCUUUUCUUGCGUUCCUUUGCCCUUUUGCGGCAGUAUUGCUCUUUGUGUGAGCCAAUCUCUUCGCAGCACGUUUUCGUUUUGUCGACCCAGAAGACCAUUAUCGCAUCUUCGCAAUCCGUAGAUACCAUUUCCGGGGACGAAGAAAUGUCAGACGAAUACCCAAAUGGUUUGGCUGAUGCGGUAGCAACCAGCAAGGCAGUGAAAAAGGGGAAGAGCGAUCGCAUCUUUGGAAAACCUCUAGACGUGAUUGAGGUCGAGAAGCAGUAUCGUUGAUAUAUCGCGUCAAGAUGGUAUUGGUGUUCUUCGGAAGCUAUACGCAAUUUGUGGGAAGGAAGCCUCUCUCGUAGAUUUCCUUAUAAUGCCCUCCUUGGAUUUUUGUUGAACCUGGCGUGCGUGCGAAUCAUUGCAACAGUUCCAGUAGCAGCAGUUGUUCCCUACUCAAAAAAAUCGAGUCCCAUUUGCAAAGAGAGGGCGAGCGGCGAAACAGAAAGAGGGAACGAAUACCGAUCAUUCCGAUACUCCCUCGAGAAGCACAUGGUGGUGUCGACCGACUGCCGGGCCGAGGACUUUUACUUGCUGUGUUCCAGAGAAAGAAAGAGAGGGAAUUUUUUUGAGGGCGACAAUUUGCUAUUUUUCAAUGCGGUAAACGAAUGGAUCAACGUGCUUGGCUACCUCUGGUUUUUAGCCUCUUUAGAAUAUGCGUAGAUAAC